AUGAUUACUCGUCGGCAAUUGAAGCCCUAUGUGGCUGAAUUUCUCGGCACUGCUCUUCUCAUUGUGAUCGGAGAUGGAGUUGUCGCCCAGUGCCUGCUCUCCGACUACAACUAUGGUACCUGGUUGUCCAUCAACCUCGCCUGGGCGUCGGCUGUGUGCCUCUCCAGCUACCUGUCCGAUCCCAGCCCGGCCAUAAACCCAGCUGUGACUAUUUGUUUUGCCCUUGUGCGUCCGUCUGAGGGACAAUGGAGACAGAUCCCAGGGAAAUUGGGUGCGCAAUUCCUGGGCGGUUUCGUCGGUGCAGCGAUCGUGUAUAUCAACUACCGAUCUGCAAUCAAAGCUUGGGAUCCUGAGUACACGAUUCCUGGUGGAUCAAUUCUGAGUCCGAUGGGUCAUCAUUCGGCGGGUAUCUUCUCCACCUACCCUGGUGCCUUUUUCGAGUCGAACUGGGAGGCUGUGUUCUCCGAGGCGCUGGGAUCGGCUGUGUUGAUGUUCGGCAUUCUCAGUAUUUCCGAUCCAGCAAAUGCUCGCCGAUUCCCUGCUCCGCAGAUCGCUACGUUUUUGCUGCUGCUUAUGAUCGGAGCGGCGAUCGGAUGGCAGACUGGCUAUGCUAUUAACCCCGCCAGAGACUUUGGCCCAAGAUUGUUCUCCGCUAUUGUGUAUGGUCGAGAGGUGUUCACCGCGGCUAACUACUAUUUCGUUGUUCCUCUCUUCGCCCCUGUUGUUGGCUGUGUGAUAGGCGCAGCUACUUAUGACAGCAUGCUCUUUGAGGGAGAGGGAUCACGCGUUGCAGAUGCGCUGGACAAGGUUGAGUCUCACGAGUCUCUUUCGCACGGGUCUCUUCGACUGGACUGA